AUGGAGUGCGCCCUCCUGCUCGCGUGCGCCCUCCCCGCCGCCCGCUCGGGCCCGCCGUGGGGGCCGGCGGGACGGGGGCGCGUGGCCAAGGCGCUCCAGCUCUGCUGCCUUUGCUGUGCGUCGGUCGCCGCAGCCUUAGCCAGUGACAGCCGAGGCGGCGGCGGCAACGGAUUAAACCACGAUUACGUCUUUGUCACGCCGGUAGAAGUGGACUCGGGCGGGUCAUAUGUUUCACACGACGUUUUGCACAACGGCAGGAAAAAGCGGUCGGCGCAGAGUGCCAGCAGCUCCCUGCAUUACCGAUUUUCAGCAUUUGGACAGGAACUACACUUAGAACUUAAGCCCUCGGCGAUCUUGAGCAGUCACUUUAUUGUCCAGGUACUUGGAAAAGGUGGUGCUUCAGAGACUCGGGAACCCGUGGUGCCAAGAUGUUUCUAUCAGGGAUUUAUCAGAAACGACAGCUCGUCCUCCGUCGCUGUGUCUACAUGUGCCGGCUUGUCAGGUCUCAUAAGGACACGAAAAAAUGAAUUCCUCAUCUCGCCAUUACCUCAGCUCCUGGCCCAGGAACAUAACUACACCUCCCCUGCAGGCCACCAUCCUCACGUGCUAUACAAAAGGACGGCCGAGGAGAAGGUCCAGCGUUGCCAUGGCUACCUGAGCUCCAGCGGGAACUCUGCUGGUCACUCCCCAAGUCGCACUCCCCACACAUCCUGGAGUCCAGAAAGAAAACAUCACCAUGGAAGGUUGCAAAGGCAGCAUUUUUGUGGACGACGCAAGAAAUGUAUGUUUUCCCAAGUGCCAUUGGGUGUGCUGACUUUGCAGGUUAAAAUUGGGCUACGCUACGCCCCCACUGACAUUAAUCUUGGAGAUGAACCAGAAAUCAUUCCUGUCAGACAAAAACUGGGAUUUGCCCCCAUCAGUGGGAUGUGCAGUAAGUACCGAAGUUGUACCAUCAAUGAGGACACGGGACUUGGCCUGGCCUUCACCAUCGCUCAUGAGUCGGGGCACAAUUUCGGCAUGGUUCACGAUGGGGAAGGCAACCCCUGCAGGAAAGCGGAAGGCAACAUCAUGUCUCCCACGCUGACCGGGAACAAUGGGGUGUUCUCAUGGUCCUCGUGCAGCCGGCAGUAUCUGAAGAAAUUCCUCAGUACACCUCAGGCUGGGUGUCUGGUGGAUGAGCCCAAGCAAACAGGACAGUAUAAAUAUCCGGACCAACUACCAGGACAGAUUUAUGAUGCUGACACACAGUGCAAGUGGCAAUUUGGAGCAAAAGCCAAGUUAUGCAGCCUUGGUUUUGUGAAGGACAUUUGCAAAUCACUUUGGUGCCACCGAGUGGGCCACAGGUGUGAGACCAAGUUCAUGCCUGCCGCGGAAGGGACCGUUUGUGGCUUGAGUAUGUGGUGUCGGCAAGGCCAGUGUGUCAAGUUUGGGGAGCACGGGCCUCGGCCCAUCCACGGCCAGUGGUCCGCCUGGUCGAAGUGGUCGGAGUGUUCCCGAACGUGUGGUGGAGGCGUGAAGUAUCAGGAGAGACACUGCAAUAACCCCAAGCCUCAGUAUGGUGGCAAGUUCUGUCCUGGCUCUAGCCGUGUAUAUCAGCUGUGCAAUAUUAACCCUUGUAAUGAAAAUAGCUUGGAUUUUCGAGCCCAGCAGUGUGCAGAAUAUAACAGCAAACCUUUCCGUGGAUGGUUCUACCAGUGGAAACCCUAUACGAAAGUGGAAGAGGAAGAUCGAUGUAAGCUGUACUGCAAGGCUGAGAACUUUGAAUUCUUUUUUGCCAUGUCCAGCAAGGUGAAAGACGGAACUCCUUGCUCCCCACACAGAAAUGAUGUUUGCAUUGAUGGGACUUGUGAACCAGUGGGAUGCGAUCAUGAACUUGGCUCUAAAGCAGUUUCAGAUGCCUGUGGUGUUUGCAAAGGUGACAAUUCAACUUGCAAGUUUUAUAAAGGCCUGUACCUCAACCAGCACAAAGCAAAUGAGUAUUAUCCGGUUGUCACCAUCCCACCGGGCGCCCGCAGCAUCGAGGUCCAGGAGCUUCAGAUAUCCUCCAGUUACCUCGCCGUCCGAGGCCUCAGUCACAAGUAUUACCUCACGGGGGGCUGGAGCAUAGACUGGCCAGGGGAGUUCGCCUUCGCAGGGACUGUGUUUGAGUACCAGCGCACCUUCAACCACCCGGAACGCCUGUCCGCGCUGGGACCCACCAAUGAGACCCUGGUCUUUGAAAUUCUGAUGCAAGGCCCAAAUCCGGGGAUAUCUUGGAAGUAUGCGCUUCCCCAGGUCGUGAAUGGAACUCAGCCAGCCUCAGAAAGACACAGCCACACCUGGAGCACAGUGCAGUCACCUUGCUCCUUUUCCUGUGGUGGAGGUUACAUAAGUGUCAAGGCCAUUUGCUUACGGGAUCAAAACACUCCAGUCAAUUCCUCAUUCUGCAAUGCAAGAGCCAAGCCGGCAACUGAACCCAAAAUGUGCAAUGCCUUCUCCUGCCCUGCCUACUGGAAGCCAGGCGAAUGGAGCGUGUGCAGCAGGUCAUGCGCGGGGGGCCAGCAGCGCCGGAAGGUCCAGUGUGUCCAGAAGCAGCCCUUCCAGAAGGAGGAAGCGGUGCCGCAUUCUCUCUGCCCGGUGAGCACACCCACUCAGCUUCAGGUCUGCAACAGCCAUGCCUGCCCUCCGGAAUGGAGCCCUGGGCCCUGGUCUCAGUGUUCUAAGACCUGUGGACGAGGGAUGAGGAAACGUGAAGUCCUGUGUAAAAGUUCUGCCACGGUAGAGGACGUCCCUGAGAGCUUGUGUGCCAGCAGCCCGAGACCAGAAUCGCAGGAGGGCUGCGUCCUAGGACGGUGUCCCAAGAACAGUCGGCUCCAGUGGGUCGUCUCUUCGUGGAGUGAGUGUUCCGCUAGCUGUGGUUUGGGGGUAAGGAAGAGGGAAAUGAAAUGCGGCGAGAAGGCCUUCCAGGGCAAGCUGAUAACGCUCCCUGAGCGACGGUGCCGCAAUAUUAAGAAACCAAACCUGGACUUGGAAGAAACCUGCAACCGAGGGGUGUGUCCAGCCCGUCCAGUGUACAGUAUGGCAGCUGGGUGGUAUUCAUCGCCAUGGCAACAGUGCACGGUGACCUGUGGAGGAGGGGUCCAGACCCGAUCAGUCCACUGUGUUCAGCAGGGCCGGCCUUCCUCAAGUUGUCUGCUCCGCCAGAAACCUCCAGUGCUACGAGCCUGUAAUACAAACUUUUGUCCAGCUCCUGAAAAGAGAGAGGAUCCAUCCUGUGUAGAUUUCUUCGGCUGGUGUCAUCUUGUUCCUCAGCAUGGUGUCUGCAACCACAAAUUUUAUGGCAAACAAUGCUGCAAGUCAUGCACAAGGAAGAGCUGA